CAUCGAUCCAUCCAUCCACGUACGUAUCCUCUGAUUGUCCUGUCUCGCCCACACGCAAUACUCAAGAUCACGACGAUCGGCCGAACACCGCCAGAGGUGAUGGAGGCUACCGCAUCGGACAAGAAGGAAGCUCAGCCGGCAAGCGACGGCGCGCCCACGGCCCGCGUGCCCUCCGAGCCGACCAUCCUCGCCGAUGCGAGCAGCGCGGCCGUGGAGAGCGGCUGCGGCGUCGGGGAGGACGAGCAGGUGGAGAGGUUCUACGCGCUGCUCGCGAACAUCCGAGCCCUGAGGGACGUGUACGGCGCCGCCGGUUCGUCGAGGAAGCGGACGAGGGUGGCGGAGCCGGCAUGGAGGCCAAAGUUCAGGAUGGAGGACUUCCGGGAGGAGGCGGACGACGCGGCGUCCGGCAAGAAGGGGCGGAGGGACCAUGUGGAGGGGCAGCGGCCGGAGAACGACGACGAAUGGGAGGUCGUCGAAGAGAAUGAUCGAGUCCACGCGCGCGUGUAUUGACUCGGCCUAGCAGUACUUCAAUCCAACAAAUGGGUUGGACGAUGUUUCGUCCUGAAUGCAUGUCUACACGGAUGUAAACCAUUCAAGUCAAUUUGCCAGCUGCCAUCUUUUUAGAGGUAUGCUUUGGUAUCC